CGAGCUUGACUCUGCUGCAUCGACCUUGGCUAGUUGAAGAUGGCAGGGACGGCGUGGAGGUCAGCGAUUCUUAAUCUACUAAAACAGUGGGGUUUGUCGCUCUAUGGCAAGGAUAAAAUCAAGGCUCAGGAAGUUUCACAGGUGGUUGGAGCUCUGAAGAAAGAGUCUCUACAACCCAGGACGUUCACGCGUGGAAUUCAUACUGUUACUUUAAUCCCGGGGGAUGGAAUUGGUCCAGAGAUCUCCACUGCUGUCAUGAAGAUAUUUGAAGUAGCUAAAGCACCUAUUCAGUGGGAGGAGAGAAAUGUUACAGCCAUCCAAGGACCUGGUGGCAAGUGGAUGAUCCCUCCUGAUGCGAAAGAAUCCAUGGACAGGAACAAAAUCGGCCUUAAAGGUCCUUUGAAGACACCUAUAGCGGCUGGCCAUCCCUCCAUGAACCUCCUUCUGAGGAAAACCUUUGACCUCUACGCCAAUGUGCGCCCCUGUGCGUCCAUUGAAGGCUACCAGACCCCCUACACAGAUGUGAACCUGGUCACCAUCAGGGAGAACACUGAGGGAGAAUACAGUGGGAUUGAACAUGUGAUUGUUGAUGGAGUUGUACAGAGUAUUAAACUCAUCACAGAGCAAGCCAGCCAACGCAUCGCCGAGUAUGCAUUUGAAUAUGCCAAAAAUAAUCAGAGGGCCAGUGUUACCGCUGUUCAUAAGGCCAAUAUUAUGCGCAUGUCGGAUGGCCUUUUCCUACGAACAUGCAGAGAGGCUGCUGAAAAGCACAAAGAUGUGAAAUUCAAUGAGAUGUACUUGGAUACUGUGUGCCUAAAUAUGGUACAAGAUCCCUCUCAGUUUGAUGUAUUAGUGAUGCCAAAUUUGUAUGGAGACAUCUUGAGUGAUCUUUGUGCUGGACUAAUUGGAGGUCUUGGAGUGACUCCGAGUGGGAACAUUGGUGCUAAUGGUGUUGCCAUAUUUGAGUCGGUUCACGGAACGGCCCCGGAUAUAGCAGGAAAAGACAUGGCCAACCCCACCGCCUUGCUGCUCAGUGCGGUCAUGAUGCUGCGGCACAUGGGCCUGCACGGCCACGCCCAGAAGAUUGAGACGGCCUGCUUCGACGUCAUUCGAGACAAAAAGGCUCUGACCAAAGACCUGGGAGGAAACUCAAAGUGCUCAGAAUUCACUGAUGCAAUAUGUCAACGAGUGCGGGAGCUGGUUUAAUAAGACCACAAGGUAUUGGUAAGGGUCACUUUAUUUCAUGUCAAGUUGUAUCUUCACGUAACGCACAUUUUAAAACAUGGUUAUGGUUGAAAUGCACUUACUGUAAGUCGCUUUGGAUAAAAGCGUCAGCUAAAUGACAUGUAAUGCAACGUGUAUUUAUGAAAACACUUAACAAAAUCCCAAAGGUUUAUUAUUCCUGUUGCACUUUGAUCACGUUUAUCACCAAAAUAUGUUAGACAUACAAGGAAUUUGACUUGGCGGUUGGUGCAUAACAUCAGACCACACAAUGAACAACAAGACAGAUGAGACAACAUAGUGCAAUAGGAAUUUAAAUUAUUAAAAAAAUAAAGUGUAACUUAUAUGUAAUAUGGUUUUAUUGACCAACUCUUUAAUCUGUGGUGGAUAUUGUCUGUGUAUUUGCGGAAUUACAGCUUUUGUCGUAUGCAAUUAAUUCUUAUUUUGACAUAAAAGAUGCCAUCUGUACCCUCCAUGACUAUAAACACCUAAAAAUGUCAAACCCUUCAAUCGUGGUUAAAUGUAUUUCACAUUCAUUUAUGAAACAAAUGUGUAUUUAAGCUUUAAUAUUUAAAAAAAAUUACGGUUAGCAGUGAACGGAUAUCAUGAAACAGAUAUUUUUGCAAUCAAGUAUUCAUGUCAUACUGUGUUUCUUGCUGCAAGUAUAUUGAAUGUAUAAUGAAAAAAGAAUCACAGUAACAUCAGAAAUGUUUUUGUUUGAUGUUAUGCAAAUGACUUGUGGUUGUCAUAAACCUCAGCUGCUAUGA